CUUAUCGACGCAGAGAUGUCUAAGGAAGUGAAGAAGGCUCCGGUCAUCGAGUUCAUGAUCCCGAAACACAUUUUCACCAAGGCCGAUCCUGGCACAGAGCAGACUGAUAGCCCGUUGGUCAGUCUAUGGGAUUUUGGUUCAUCGUAAACCAUCAUUCAGAUGCCGUACUCAUAGUGUACGACUCCCAUACCCAGUCGCAGCCCGGACCGUCCGCUCGGUUGAGCAUUCCACAUGUUUAGCGACAACCUCUACCUCCCACCGUCAUACUCAACACGUGGUAGAUACAUUGUUUCGGAAGCCAGUGGCCCUCUGCCAGGACGCGAACAAGGUUCAAUUGUUCUCAUCCGAGACAUGCCAGGGUCUGCCCCAGACCUGUUGACCAGAGCCACGAGACCGCGAUCGAGCUGGUUACGGAGAAAAGAGGGCCGAAUAAAAAAAAGAAAAACAAGUCGCGGUGAUCGUCGAGAAAUGCUUGUUGGUUACGUUGAUUGCCUGCUAUCCAUAACCGUGAACCCCGGGGACUUUCUCUCCUCCAGCCCCCAAACCGCACUUUCAACCAUUCAAAUUCUUCUCUCUCUCCACAUUCCUUCCCCCUUUCGUGGUACCGGCGGCCGGUUGCUCGGCGGGAACUCUCUGUUCUGUGGUGUUUCUGUGGGACGUCAUACAUGGUCACCGUCAUACUCGACCACAACACCAGGCCAGGCAGGGCGCAGAUGAGGACAGAAUAGUAGAGGGUAGCAUGGUCUGUCUCGUUUGUGUGCUCACGGGGGUGAACCACCCCAUACUUUCCAAAAUACGGAGGGGGU